CCUCUUCCGGUUUCCUGAUCUCCCUGUGCCUGGCGUGUGUUCGGGGCCCCGCCGGGGUUUGGGGCGCCACAGCAAUCAUGGCGAUGUUCGAGCAGAUGAGAGCGAACGUGGGCAAGUUGCUCAAGGGUAUUGACAGGUACAACCCUGAAAACCUGGCCACUCUGGAACGCUAUGUGGAGACUCAGGCCAAAGAGAAUGCCUAUGACUUGGAGGCCAACCUCGCUGUUCUGAAGCUGUACCAGUUCAACCCGGCCUUCUUCCAGACCACGGUCACUGCCCAGAUCCUGCUGAAGGCGCUCACCAACCUGCCCCACACCGACUUCACGCUGUGCAAGUGCAUGAUUGACCAGGCACAUCAAGAUGAGCGGCCGAUCUGCCAGAUUCUGUAUCUGGGAGACCUGCUGGAGACCUGCCAUUUCCAGGCCUUCUGGCAAGCCCUGGAUGAAAACAUGGAUCUCUUGGAGGGUAUUACUGGCUUUGAAGACUCAGUCCGAAAAUUUAUCUGCCAUGUGGUGGGCAUCACUUAUCAGCACAUUGACCGAUGGCUGCUGGCUGAGAUGCUGGGGGAUCUGACAGACAACCAACUCAAAGUGUGGAUGAGCAAGUAUGGCUGGAGUGCAGACGAGUCGGGCCAGAUCUUCAUUUGCAGCCAGGAAGAGAGCAUCAAACCCAAGAACAUCGUGGAGAAGAUCGACUUCGACAGUGUGUCCAGCAUCAUGGCCUCCUCCCAGUGAUUCGGCUCCCAAUAAAGCUCAUAGCCCCCCCCCCCAAAAAAAA